GCCCAUUGAGUUGGCAUUUGGGAUUUACUGAACGAGAAAAAGAAAUUCCGUAGUUAAUUGUUUAAUAACGACGUCUUAAACAAGUAGAUGUAUUGUUUAGUCAACUGCCAGACGAACCUGUGUGCGUGUAAAUAAGCGAACGAUUUGUCUCCAACAUGUUGCACAACAACGCGCCCUGGCUGCCACCGCAUCAGCAGCAGCCUCCGCAACAGCAGCAGCAUCCGCAGCAACCACAUCCUCCUCUCCUCCAACAGCAGCAGCAGCAACCGCUUCCUGUCCAGCAUCCACAGCAACAGCAGCAGCAACAGCUCUAUGCUAGCCAAAUGUUUCAGCAGCAACAGCAGCCGCCAACGACGAGCUACUGGCCGCAGGAGGAACAGCAGCAGCAGCAGCAGCCGCAGUCGCUGAACUACAACAAUUACUUUGUGGGACAGCAGCAGCAGCCACUGCCCCCGCCGCAACAGCAGCAGCAGCAGCAGCCACUGCCUCCGCCGCAACAGCAACAGCAGCAGCAACUGUAUUAUCCCACGCAUCAGCACCAGCUGGCUCAGGCCCCAGCGGAAACCGCUCUUGAUUCAUUUGAUAACAACAAUAGCGGUGGAGGAGGCAACAGCGUUAGCAGUCGAAACGAUGGCUGGGGAGAUUGGGAUGAUUGGAAUGAUAACAAUAACGCCAGCAGCAACGGCAACGAGGCCGUAAUGGAGAAGUCACAGGAAAAGCUGCUGGAGGACUCCUUCAAUGUCCAAUCCUCGCCAGGCAGUUGGCAGGCUUUUGCCAAUAACAAUGUGGAGUCUCUGCCUCUGCAGCCUCCUGCUCCUAUUUCUUUGCUGCCACAGCAGCAGCAGCCUGUUCCACCGCCACCGGAGCUGGGUCAGGAGCCAGAGCUGGAUGCCAUUGUGCCGCCACAAGCUUUCCAGAAUCAACCAGCAGCUGCUCCACCGCCAACCGCCCUGCCAAUAGUAGCGGCACCCCCACCAGCACUGGCGCCUCCCGCAGCACUGCCUCCUAGCAUUGCACCGGCAACGGCAAUGCCUCCUAACAUGGCCCCAGCUGCCGGUAAUCCCUUCAAGCGGUCAACGGGGCUAAGCAAGCGCGUUAACAUACUGGCCACACCGGGGGAAGGAGGCGCAUCCUCGUCGCCAGCACUUGCUCCAGUGGCUCCAGCAGUAGCACCAAUGGUCCCGUCAGUGGCACCAGCACCAGCAGAGCAGCUUUUUGGGCUACCUGCAGAGGCACAGGGAGAACCUUUCAGUAUACUGGCCGCACUGCCAGUAGCUGCUUCUAUUGGAGCCCCUCUGCCGGCACCCAUACCGGCAGUUAUUCCUGCUCCGGUUCCAGCUCCUGCUCCUGUUCCCGCUCCUGUGGCAUCGCUCUAUGCACCGCCACUGCUGUUGGAACAGCCAGACAACCAGGAGGUGCUCUCUGCUCCGAACGACGAACGUGCACAGUACCUGCAAACGAGCCAUCUGUCCGAGCAGCUGGGUGAGGGUGAAGCGGAUCAGGAUGCUGGCCUCCUGCCGCCACCGGGUCUGUCCCGUCUGGUACUCGGUCAGCCGGAAUUGGACUUCCAGCAGCAGCGUCUGGUAACCGGAGGAACUGAGCAGUCCUCGCUUAAUGUGGCCCAAGCGGCGGCCCUGCAGCAUUUGGAGGAGCGGCAAGCCGACGGUGAGGAUACCUCGGAUGGGGAGCAGCAGGUGCGCAAUUUGCAGACACCACCGCGUCGUGUAGUCACGGGCGUGGAGACUAGUGUCGCUCCUGUAGCGCCGCUUUCUGUGCGCGAACAGCGCGAAGUGGUGCUGGAUGGCGAGAAUCUGGAGGAUCGAGAAGCUGUAUCGCCGCCGCCUACGGCUGAGCUGCCACAAUUACAUCACGUACUGCCCGCCGAUGAGUCGGAGCAAAUGCAUCACAACCCGCAGCAGGCGCUAAGCGACCAACAGCAGCAAUCCCAGCAGCCGUCUCUGCAGCAACAGCAGCAGCAACAACAGCCUCAGCUGGAGAAGCGUGCGGUAGCCGGACGUCGUGGCAAUGCCACCUCGCUAGACCUGGAGUCCGAGGACGAGUCGGACGAGUUUUUGGCAAGCGAAAGGGAGCGGGAUCGGGAACAUGCACGCGAACGCCGUGAUCCCAUUGACGAGAGACCUCGUGGUCGUGGUGGACGAGGCAGCCACUACACCUACGAUGGCGAAACGGAGGACUCGGUGCGCGGUGCUCCCCACAGCGAGGGCAAGGCGCUGAGGGAUAGCCAUCACAGGCGCAGCAACCACGAGUCCACGCGCUCCCGGCGCCACCCCGAACCGGAGGUGGAACGUGAAAGGGAGCGCGAGAGGGACCGUGAUUGGGAACGGGACCGCGAACGCAACUGGCGACGAAGAUCGAACAAGUAUUUCAGCGGCGGAGAGGAUCAGGAACAGCGUUCCUACGAUCACCCGCGGCGCGGCUACAACAACAGCAACUAUGACGGCGAAUCGGAUAACCCCGAGAUGAAUCAUCUGGGCGAGGGCGAGCUGGAAGCCAGCGGCGUCAGUGCACCGGGUAGUGGCGGCCGUAGCAGCAAAACCGGUCGACAGCGGCGCAGUGCCCCUGAGGAUGACUACGAUGACUAUGAACGGCAACCUGAUCGUCACUACUCCUCUCGCCGUUCCGCAAAGCAACAUUCGGCGGAGAAGUCUCGUUCCGGCGGCGGUGGCCGCAGAAGCUACGACAACCAGGGACGCGGCAGCGGCCGCCUCGAUGAUUCCCGACGUUCGCGUCACAAUGAUAUGCGCAACUGGGAUGGCUACGAGGAAUACCGCCGGAAGAGCUCGCGGAACAGUGACCUCGAGAAGGAGCGCAUUAACGGCGGCGGCGGAGGAGGCAGUGCCACAGCCGGUGGUUCCGGUUCGAGCAAGCGUCGCAACCAAUAUGACCAGUAUGCCGGCGUGUCCGGCGCCUACGAUCCGUAUGGCAUGUACGAGCAGAUGUCGCGCAAUCCACAUGCCUAUGCCGACAUGUAUGCCAAGUUCUAUGGCCAGAUGAUCAACUCGAUGACGGCGGCAGUCAAUGCCAAUGCCACCGCUGUUCCCGGUGCUGGUGGAGUGGGAGCAAUGCUGGGAGCCUUGGUCCCUGGCGCAGUGCCAGCUGCGGCAGCCACCCAACUGGUGGCGGGAAGUGUAAGCGGAGGCAGUGAAGCAGCUUUGCUCAGAGAGCGCGAAAGGUAUACACACGCAUACAUAACCCAAGCCAAUGAAUUCCAUCGUCGUCAACAUUACAAAGAGCUGAUCUACCAGCAACAACAACAACAACAGCAGCAGCAAGAUCAACAUCAGCAUCAGGACAUCGUCCUCAACAGCAGUUUGAACGAGGAUAAUGCCAGUUUCUAUGGAGGAGCAUCAUCGAUAUAUGGCCAAUAUCCAUCCUAUCUGUCCAGUGCACGAUCGCUGAGUAAUUUGAAUGGAGAUGGACGCAAUUCCCGCUGCGGACCAUAUUAUGCUGGUUCCGAGUGCGGUCUCGAUAUCAGAGCUGCUGCCACUCCUGGUGAAGCAGCCGGAGCAGCACCAUCGACCACAUAUGGAGGUGUGACCACCACCGCUGUAGUGGCCCGUCCGCCCAGGCGGCGCACUCCCCUCCUAUUUAACCGGCCGCAUCUGGUGGCCUCGUAUGCGAUGAGUCUGCUCCUGAAGGUGAAGCCCAAGUACGCCGGCCGGGGACGCAUUCGCAACGAUGUGGAGGUGGCGCCGCUUCGCAUUCGCGACGGUACGAGCAGUCUGUUCCGGAUGUAUCCGGGUCCGUUGCAGGGCCGCAAGCUGCACAAGGACAAGAUCAUUAGCUUCUGCAAGGAGCAGAUACGCCUGGGACCCACGCGCGGUUGCACCAUGCUGUAUGCCACGCAAAAGAAGCCGCAGGGCAGCGUGAACAAGUAUCGGGCCUCCCAUGCCCUCAUGUGGCAUCUGCUCAUCUUGCUGCUGCGCCAGAACGGGUAUAUUGCCGACACAGAUGUGGGUGACCUGUUGCUGGACAACCAGCAGGAGUAUCCCUACGAUCCGAGUGAAUACGAGGCGGUGGGUGAGCCAGAUGCGGAUGAACAGCAGCUGCAGCAGCAGCAAGAUGGCCAGGCUCAAGGUCAAGCGGAGAAGCCACUGGAUGACUCUGAGGCGGACAGUGAGGCGGUGGGAGGAGCUGGUGCUGUACCAGAGCCCACAGCCGGUGCAGCUACAAUCGGUGCCAAUGCGACGGUGGGCGAAGCAGCAGCAGCAGCAGCAGGUCUGACCACGUCGCCGCUGUCAGAACAGGCGGCCACGGACAAGUUCCGCAGCUAUGUGCUGCGCGGCAAUGUCGAGGAGGCCCUCCAAUGGGCCACCGACAACGGCCUGUGGACGCAUGCCUUCUUCUUGGCCCUCUACGAGGAUCGGUAUGCCCUGACCGAUGUGGCCCAGAAGUUCCUCAAUCGAGCCAUCAAGGCGAACGAUCCCCUGCAGACGCUCUACCAAAUGAAGAGCUGCCGCACACCGGCCUGCGUCAGCCAGCUGAGGGAUGAGCAGUGGGGCGACUGGCGUUCACAUCUGUCCAUUCUGGUCACAAACAAGAGCCGCCAGCCGGAGUACGAUCGCAGCUCGGUGGUGGCCCUGGGCGACACACUGUUCCAGCGCGGUGAUAUCUAUGCGGCCCACUUUUGCUAUCUGGUGGCCCAGGAGGAAUUCGGGCGCUACGAUAGCUCCGCCACGGAGCUAACCACGCUAACGGCCAACGUGCCCCGUCUGAUCCUGCUGGGUGCGUCGCAUUACAAGCCCUUCAACGAGUUCGCCAGCAACGAGGCCAUCAUCAUGACGGAGAUCUACGAGUACGCCCGCUCCCUGUUCGAUCCCAAGUUCAGCAUUGCUAACUUCCAGCACUACAAGUUCCUGCUGGCCACGCGCAUCCUAGACUAUGGCCAGCACUUCCGCUGCACUAACUAUCUAGAGCAGAUCGCACGACACAUUGAGCUCAAGCCUGAGAGCUACGACAGUGACUUUAUCCAGCGGGUCUGCGGCCUGGCCGAACGUCUACGCUACCACGAUCCCAUUCUUAUCAACCGCGUCUCCUUCGCGAGUCCCCCGAAUGCCAGCAGCAAGGAUGCUGCCGCUCCAGAAGAGAAGGCUUGGCUCCGCCAGCUGCGCUCAUUGGCCGAUGUGCAGCCCCAACAUGAGCAGCUCCAGCAGCAGCAGCAGCAGCAGCAACAGCAAGAGCAACAGGAGCAGCAGCAACAGCAGGAAGAAAUUUAUCAGCAAUUUGCAGAGGUGAACAAGCAGUUCAGGGAACUGAAUAUGCAAUAUCGCAACGACAACACGCUGCAGCAGUCUCCGCCGCCGGCUGAGGCACAGCCCCUGCCGGAGCAACAUCAGCAGCAGCCGCCGGCGGUACCGCAGCAGCAGCAGCAAUACUAUGAGCCAGCCCCACCACAAGCCCAACCGGAGACUGAAGUCUAUGGUCAACAACAGCAGCAGCAGCAGCAGCAACCUCCGCUUUACUACGAUCCCAAUGCGACAGCCCAGCAGCCGUACGACCAGCAACUGCUGACCUCCAAUUAUGGCCAAAUAGACACAGCCACUGAGGCGUACCAGGGACAGGCAUCGGAGGCUGCACCUGCAGCUGUUCCUGCCUAUGGCUUUGAUUACUGGUCCGGCACACAGCAGCCACCAUACGGCGAUGAGCCGAAUGAUAAUCAAGCAGCGUUGACCGAGGAGGAGGAUGAGGAUGAAGAUGAACCUCAGCCUCAGCCUCAGCAUGUGCUGACCAAGCAUCAGCAGAAGCUGGUGGAGCAGCAUACGCUUAGCAAUGGCAGCAAUCGCUUCAAGUCGAAUGCCUUGAAGCAGGAGAUCAGUGCCAAUUCCUUGCGCAAAAAGCCAACAGCAGGACCUUCGGCCACACCUUCGAUAGCAGCGGCAGCAGCAGCAAUUGCCCAAAUUACGCCAGCAACAGUGGCAGCAUCAUCGUCCUCGACAAAGGCAUUCAAUUUGAAUGACCUCCAGCAGCCGCAGCAGGGUCGUCCGGCCAUCUCCAUGCCCAAGUCGAAGAGCUACGAGGACGAGGAUGAUAGCGGCCCGAAGGCCUCGCUCAGAGGUGGAGGCUCCUUCGAUGCUGCUGGCAGUAAACAGCAGCAGGCAACGUCGGGCGCCGGCAAGCACGCCAACUCUGGCGGCGAUCUUGGUGCCCCACCUGGCAAUCAGAACUCUGGCUGGUUCGGUGGUCUCUGGAACAAGCUGUCGCUGAAGCCAAAGAACCAAAUGAUCCUUCCGGAUGACAAGAAUCCGACCAUUGUGUGGGACAAGGAGCGCAAGUGCUGGACAAACACCGAGGGCAAUGUCGACGAGACGGAAAGCUUUAAGCCACCGCCCAAGAUGAGCGAUUUGGGUGUGGCCAGUAUGCCGCCAGGUGGCAUGGGAAUGACCAAUGCCAAUCCACCAAUGUUUACCAAUCAUCAAGCCGAACAUCAGUUGCUGGAUCAGUCGCAACAGCAACAGCAUCAGGCACAGCCACAGCCACAGCCACAGCAGACCCAGCAACCGCAGAUGAUGUACGGCAGUCCCAUUGAUUAUACGGCUGCCCCGGCGCCCGAAAUGAUCCCCACAAUGCCAUUACCUGCCUCAACACCAGGAGCUGCAGCAGCACCCGUGGCAGCUGGACAACCCGCCCCAAGUCCAAUUGCCGCUGCUGCCAUUCCCGGCGGACCCCAGCCCAAGCUGCAGUCGAACAUGUUUAAGAUGCAACGUAAUCGCACUUUGAAGAACUCCUAUGUGGAUGUGUUUAAUCCCUCGGGUGCUCCCAUGUCGGCGACACCCGAUAAUGUGCUGGCACCGAUAAUGGCGCCAGCUGCAGUGCCUCAAGGCGGUUACUUUGUGCCCGGAGCGGCGCCCGGGCAGCAGCAACAGUAGCAGCAAGUGCAGUAGGAGCAGGAGCAGCAGCAGG